AUUUUAAAAUAUAUAUAUUAAGAACGCAAAAACAAAAAUCACAUUUUUUUACAUUUCUAUUUACUGCUGCCUUUUUGUUCCGGGGUGGAGACGCGGCUGCCCUGUCAUAUAUUUUAGCAGUACUGUACGCUAAAAGGCUGGACUUCUCCAUCGUUUUCUAUGGGCAGCUCUCACUUCCGCCUGAGUGGAAAAAAAGGAAUCCGGAAGGCAUUGCUCCAAACAAUUAGAUUACCACUCUACCCUUAUCCUAUCUCUGUGGUUUCUCUUCCGUAUCUCGGAACAGCCAUGAGCGCCGAGCCACGCAGCCGCCAGGAGACUCUGGCUUUGCGAAAGCAGCUGAUCGGAUCCUCUUGCAAGCUUUUUUUCCCAGAAGACCCAGUGAAGAUUAUCCGGGCAAAGGGCCAGUAUAUGUAUGAUGAAAAUGGAAACAAGUACCUUGACUGUAUCAAUAAUGUUGCUCAUGUUGGACACUGUCACUCUGAAGUGAUCAGAGCAGCACAUCAACAAAAUUUGGUGCUAAAUACAAACUCUCGAUAUCUGCAUGACAAUUUGGUGGACUACGCACAAAGACUUUCUAAUACACUGCCUAAAAAGCUGUGUACUUUCUAUUUUUUGAAUUCAGGAUCAGAAGCCAAUGAUCUUGCCUUGAGAUUGGCACGGCAGUAUACAAAGCAUGAGGACAUUGUUGUGGUGGACCAUGCUUAUCAUGGACAUCUGACAUCCUUGAUUGACAUAAGUCCAUAUAAAUUCAGAAAUCUAGAAGGCCAAAAGGAAUGGGUCCACGUGGCUCCUCUUCCUGACACGUACCGAGGAUUAUAUAGAGAAGACCAUAAGGAUCCAGCCACAGCAUAUGCCAAUGAAGUGAAAAAAAUAAUUGACCAAGCACACCAAAAAAGCAGAAAGUUUGCUGCAUUUUUUAUGGAAUCUUUACCAAGUGUUGCUGGACAAAUCAUUCCACCACCUGGUUAUUUCCAGAAGGCAGCAGAGUAUAUAUAUGAGGCAGGAGGUGUAUUCAUUGCUGAUGAAAUUCAAGUUGGCUUUGGAAGGGUUGGCAAACAUUUUUGGGCAUUUCAACUUCAGGGAGAGGAUUUUAUUCCCGAUAUUGUUACCAUGGGAAAACCGAUUGGCAAUGGGCAUCCUGUCUCUUGUGUAGCAACAACAAAGGAAGUUGCAGAGGCGUUUUCAGCAACAGGAGUAGAAUAUUUUAACACAUUUGGAGGAAAUCCUGUGUCCUGUGCAAUAGGUAUAGCAGUCUUAGAUGUGAUUGAGAAGGAACAGCUUCAAGUCCAUGCUCUCCAAGUGGGCAACUUCCUUGUGGAACUACUCAAUCAGCAAAAAGCAAAACAUCCUCUAAUUGGUGAUGUCAGGGGUGUUGGGUUGUUCAUUGGAGUAGAUUUGGUACAAGAUCGAGAUAAAAGAUCACCUGCUACCGAAGAAGCAGAGCUCAUCAUAACAAGAUUAAAGGAAGAAUUCAUUAUGUUGAGUACAGAUGGUCCAGGCAGAAACGUGCUCAAGUUCAAGCCACCACUCUGUUUCAAUGCAAAAGACGCGAAGCUAGUUGUGGACAAACUUGAUAAGAUAUUAACAGGUAAGAAAGGGAAGCCUGCUGAGAAACAAAUCCUGCAAUUGCACAGAAAAAAAGAUUGGCUGAAUAAUUUAGACGCAGGUUUUACUUGUUCAUUGCCAGUUAUUCUCUGCAUAUCAAGGCUAAGAGUGGCUGGCUUGCUGUGCAUUGAUCUUUAAAGUCCCUGGAAGCAAUUAAAUCAGCUUAUGUAUAUACAUGUGCACUAAGGCCCCAAGACUUGCCCACCCCAUGGACUUAUUCCAGCAUGCUAUUCCUGACAUCAAAGUAUUCUCAUGCAGCUACCUCUCUCCAAGAAGGGGAAAAGAGGUAAGUACAGUUGUAUGAAAACACUACCAGCCAUGACCCUUUUGUUCUUUGCUGUGUGACUUCACAUAUAGAAUGUGAUUUUGAGAUGUGGCCACUUUUGGACUAAAUUAUCUUCUUCCCAUCCCGUGUAAAGUCUGAUGCAAGGAAGACAACAACUGAAACAGCUAGGGGCACACUUCUGAGCCUAGCUCAGCAGCGAAGGAAUAGAAAAGGCACAUGGGGGAGGGAGAGAACAGUGUGUCAUGGCAAGAAGUGCUCAAAGAAUCUGCUUUAGUAUCUUCAGAAACAGGAAUAAACUUUGCAUUGCUGGAAAACAGAGUAAUAUUGCUCUUUGCUAUAAAAUAAUGUACAGUGAUAAACUAAUUAAUGCUCUUGAAUAAUCUACAGAGUUAGAGAAAAAAGAAGCUUAGAGAAGUUCAUUUUCGUUACCUUCAAAGGGUAAGUAUUCAGGUAACUGCAUUCAGGUAAUCUGAUAAGAAACAAAGUCUAAUUCUCCAUGAAGGAAUCCAUUCCAUUCAUUAAUCUAAAUACACAAUGAACAUACACAAUUAUAUUCCAGCAAUGGAUAAUCUAUAAUUAGCAUAUUAUUACGAAGUAUUAAGGAAAACUGUCAUUCACUGGCUUUAAAAUGUUAAUAUUUAAUUCUUUCAUUCCAUCUCUUACAGGUUACAGACAUGGUGCUGAAUUCUACCAUGUUUCUAAUAUGUAUUACUUAAGCUACAAUACCAAAAAUACCACCUUUUCCCAACUACAAUUAUUAAAUUUUUGUAUUUGUUGUAAUACUGAUAGUACAGAAGUUCAAAGUUCUAUAGCUGUUAUCUAUCAAUCCAAUUCUUCAUGCAGUAUGGUAGAAACCAAACGAUUUAUCCAGAAAACAUAAGCUGUUUUGCUUGUGCUUUACUGGUUACAGAACCAAAACAACAAUUUAUACUAAUUUCUGCUUAUAAAAUUAGCACCUUCCAGUCAUAUAUGGGUAUGUUUUCUUCUUCCUAACCAUAAGGUAAUUUAGCAAUACUUUUAUGUAAACAUAUCAGCAUUUAAAUUAUGCAGUAAUGCAUGGGAACCUUAAGUUUUACAGGGACUAGCACCUCACAGAAGUUUUUUUUUCAAAAGCUUUCAGUAACAUUGUCAAGCGAUUUUACAUGGAAAGUAUUCAGCUACUAUCAAAUCCACCUUUUAUUUUUCAUUCAGGAUCAGAGGGUGGUAUGAAUGUCUCUAGUUACAACAGCUGGCAGAUUUGGCUAUGCUGAUAUUUAUCAAAAAUGUAAUAAAUUUGACAGCUUACUCCCAAAAAAGGUUUACUUUUAGAGCACACACAUUUAAGAACCACCCACCCCAUAUUACACAGAACUUGUUUGUGAUUUUGUGAGCAAUGACCCUAUAUCACAGUGUAUCUUCAGACUGCUGACUCCUAGUGGUAUCUAACCAUUGCCUUUCCGCUGUACAUGUGAAGUUUAUUACAGUGAGUAAAGUGCUUUUUCUGUGA